AUGCCUGGGGCCAAGACAGCGGCUUCUGCUGACGGAGGCCUUGGCAGUGCCAAGAAGAGGAGAAGACUGAAGCCAGCGGCGCCGGAGCAGUCCUCCGACGACGAUGGAAUGCUCGUCGCUCCUGGGCCUGCCAAGGAGCAGAUGGCCGCAUCCUCGCGGAGCGGCGCUGACCUCGGCUCGAGGCGGGCCGAUUUUGGGUCGGCGCGGGGUGCCGCGGCCCCCGACCUGGGCGCGGAGCCGGCCGAGGACGGCGCCGUGUCGGGAUCCUCUUCCGACGAUGGCGUGGAGGCGGCGGACAGCGACUCGGACGCAGGGGCGGCCGCAGGAGCGGACGCAGGAGCGGCGGCUCUCGCUGAAGGCGAGGCGCCAGAUGCUGGGCGCGACGACGACGCGUCGUCCUCGUCGUCUUCCUCGUCCUCUUCGUCAUCUUCCAGCUCGAGCUCCUCGGACUCGGAGUCGGACGAGGACGUGCCGCUGGCGCUAGCGCGUGUUGGACGGAGCCCUUCCGAGGGCAGGAGUCCUUCCGAGGGAGUGGACAUCGAGCCCAUUGAGGACGACGGGAAGCUUUCCGAUGAGAUGAAGCUGCAGCAGGCAGUCGAGUCUUGCCGGAGCGCACAAAUCCGGAGGAACGCCAUCAUAGAUAUGCUGUUGGACCUUCCGGAGGAGCAGUCCGAGCUCGCUAUUCGGAAGUCCUUCGUGAGGGUCACCGUGCAAGGAGAUUCUUGCGUGAUGGCGCAGGUCACGGCAAUAGAGCCUUCGCCCGAGCCAUACGCGGUGGUGCGAAAAAAUGGGGAUCCUCGAAUGUUGAAGUGGCUUCUGAGGUGCCGACGGGGUACCUCUCACAGGCUCACCAAGGUCACCUCUGUCAGCAACCAGGAGAUCUCGGAAGACGAAUUCGUGCAGUGGAAGCGGCUCACUCUCAAGCUGAACGGAGACGUGGAAGCAUAUUAUAUGGAUGAAUUUCGACAAAAGGCGGAAGAUAUCCGUACGGCUAUCAAUUUUAUAUGGACAGACGACAUGGUCAGCCAGAAGCUGGCGAGGAAGACCAUCGACGCCGAUGGCAGACGAAUCUCGCUGGAGUUCUCUGCCCAGAAGGAGUCUAGAUCCAGAACUGCGGUACAGACAAUGCUUUCUCAGAUGAACAUCAGCAGCGUCGGAGAUAACGAGGCCGUUGCGCUGGAGAAUAACUACAAGCAGGCGCUGGAGCAACUGCACGAGCAGGAGAAGAAGGCUGUGGAGGCCCAGGAGCAGUGGUUUAAGAUGCGUCCCAACCUGCGCGGUUCAGAACAGUUUGGGAACCUGGCCGCCUUGAAAGGCGAGCCAAGGCCCCCGUAA